UUUCAAAGGGUUAAAAACGUUGGAAAUACUCUGUGGAGCUGACUGUCCUCUCGUCCUCUCCGUCCCUCUCGUCUCAGCCGGGGCGUCUCAGGUGAAGUGGAACAGGAAGAACCAGUACCUGCUGGCGUCCAGUCACGACGGAGACGUCAGGAUCUGGGACAAAAGAAAACCCAACACUGCGGCCGAGUACGUGGCGGCUCACCUGUCCAAGAUCCACGGCCUCGACUGGCAUCCCGAUAACGAGUUCAUCCUCGCCACGUCCAGUCAGGACAACUCUGUGAGGUUUUGGGAUUACCGGCAGCCCAGGAAGUACCUGAACAUCCUGUCCUGUCAGGUGCCGGUGUGGAAGGCCCGCUACACGCCGUUCUCUAACGGUCUGGUGACCGUGAUGGUCCCUCAGCUGAGGAGAGAGAACAGCCUGCUGCUGUGGAGCACGCUUGACCUCAACAGUCCCGUCCACGCCUUCGUGGGACACGACGACGUGGUGCUCGAGUUCCAGUGGAGGCCGCAGAAAGAAGGCUCGAAGGAUUACCAGCUGGUCACCUGGUCCAGAGAUCAGACUCUGAGGAUAUGGAGGGUGGAUCCUCAGCUGCAGAAGCUGUGUGUCAGCGACAUGGUGGAGGACCUGAUGGAGGGGAUGUCUCUCACCGUGGAGUCGGAGAAGUCUCUGUCGUCUCAGGAGCCCGACAGUCAGCACGCCGUCGGCCUCGCCGCUGAGAACCUGCAGGGUGAGAAACGCUCCGUCAGAAACUCUUAACGACAAACUUUACAUUUCUGUGUUUCCAGAAACUCUUUCAUCAAAUAAUCACAAAAUGUGGUCGUCAUGGAAACACUCCGGCUGCGUCCCAGCUCGUAGUUCCAGGGUUCACGCACAUUUUCUUGGAAGAAAUUUCAACAUUUUUUCAUUUCACGGAUCCAUGAUAAAAUUUUAACCCCGUCAGUGCCAGGUUUUUGU